UGAAUAGCGUCCUAACCUUGUUUUUUAGUCAAGGUCGGAAUUGGAUCGCUCGAGAUGCGCACAUGUAUUCUAAGGAAUUUAUUUCGCGCCCGACAAAUAUUGCGCGAAUCUUCCAGCAUUAAUCGUACGCAAAUACUAACGUACUCGCAAUUGAAAUUGACGAGACAAUUUUCGAGAAAGCCGGACAACAAAUUUGAUGACGAUGUGUUUAAAGGCGACGAUGAUGACUCUGCGACCGCUAUCAAUGCGAAAUACAAGGCAUUCCACGACGAGGACGCGGAUGUUAUUCUCGACGUGAGCGAGGAGUUGGAGAAGAUCAACCUCGAAGAUCUAAGCGCACAAGAGGAAGUUCACGAUCCUUACGCCAAUAUAAAUUUGAGCCAUGGUACUACUGGUGUAUAUGAUAUCGAGGAUCUUGUUGCGUUACUAGAGAGGGACAAGGCAAACAACAUCUUUGUUGCUAAAGUUCCAAAGAAAUAUGCUUAUGUAGAUUAUAUUGUUGUGGUAACUGGAAAAUCAUGGAAGCACAUGAAUGCUCUUGCUACCUUUGUACGCAAAGUUUACAAACUAAAAAGAAAUCCAACUGAUUUGAUACCUAAAAUUGAAGGGAAGGAUUCAAAAGAUUGGAUAGCUUUAGAUUUAGGAAACAUCGUUCUGCAUAUCUUUUCUGUCUCUGCAAGGGUGCAUUAUGAUUUAGAGACUUUGUGGACAGUUGGUUCACAAUACGAUGAUAAGAGUAAUGAGUCUCUGGAACUAAAUAUUGUGGAUAAAUAUAAUGCUUUCUUGGCUGAUCUUCAACCGGCCGACAAUGAUUGUGUAUAGAGUAUAGCAUUAAAUUCUAUAAGGUAAAUAAGUUUAAUAAAUAAAUGAUAAAAUUAAUAAACUAGA